AUGGAUGAAGACAAGCACGAAAAUGGUGGCGAGCUAGACGGGGACGACGCCACGGAGGACGAGCUGGAAGAUGGGGAGCUCGAUGAGGAGGAAGAGGAAGGAGAGGACGUGCUUGAAGAAGCAGACGCUAGCCAGGAAGAGAUUGAGGAGAUGGAAAAGGAGCUGGAUGAGGCUGGAAAGAAGGAGCUCGACGUGAAAGGCAUCAAGCAGAAAAGAAAGAUCAAGGAGAACAGCGGUUCUUUCAAGGGAAAGCUGGCUUCGUUGGCGAAGCGUUUCGAGCCAAGAAGGGACGGCCUGUUUGUCAUCGUGCCCUACACGACCUUCAUGGCUUACAGUCCAAUUUUGUCGAAAAAGGAGUGGCGAUCAUUGGUUUUGGACGAGGCUCACAUCAUCAAAAAUCCCGAAUUGAGGCUAACUAAAGCCCUGAAAGUUCUGGCUACGCCUCAUCGCCUCUUGCUGACCGGCACGCCACUACAGAACAACUUGAAGGAACUAUGGAGUCUCGUCGAUUGCGCAUAUCCGGCCAACGCUUCGCCUAUGAUGAAGGAGACCGCAGUGAGGUGUGCCCAUAUUUUGAGAAAUGCUAUCGGUCCGUAUUUACUACGCCGUACAAAGGCCGGCGUCGAACGCGAGCUGAACCUGCCGAACAAACAGGAACAGGUCCUGUUUUGUGAACUGACGACAGAGCAGCGGGUCCUAUAUGUGGAAUUUUUGCACAGCCGCGCCUGCCAAAGCGGAAAGUUGGAAGUGACGAGGCGACUGUUGGCACUGUGGAAAAAGCAGGGCAGCAAUAAGGUUCUCCUCUUCUCGCAAAGCAGGGUGAUGCUCGACGUCAUCGAGGCGAUGCUCUUGCGUGAUGGGCACACCUACUUGAGAAUGGAUGGAAGUACGCCAAUCUCGGCUCGCGAUGCCCAACGGGUGCUCACAAAGAAAGCACAGCAAAGAUUGGAAUUGAGCACCACUGAUAUUCGCGAUCUGUUCACGCUAUGUGACGACAAGGAAGAACGAACGGGCAGGGCUGAAAAGAAGAAGGCGAAGAGGGAAGAGAAGCUGGCUUUCAACCAACGUUCCGACCGCUUCGACCAACUCGUUUCGGCCGAAAGCGGCGCACGGAAGAAGGAACCGGCUGAUGCAGAUGUGCCCGAGGAUGAGGAGAGCCUCCCGACACUGACGGACGAUCAACGAGCCGCCCUGGUUCAUGAAGCGGCAACGAGUGAUCCUACUAUCGUGCCGGAAAAAUGCGAACGAUCGGCACGCCCUGCGGACUCAGCCGAGCUUUUUGAUGGGAAAUAUCAGAUUCCUUAUUUGGUCAAGCAUACGAAGGCCCGGCGCGAUCGAAAGAGGGAGGAAGAAGAAAAGGCUGCGAAGACCGAAGACGGCGUGAUGGCUUUCCUCUUGAAGCGAGGUGUACGAGAAGCGCUAAAUCAUGACGCUGUCCUCGGAUACACGGAGCGAAAAAAGGUGGAAGAACACGAGAGGCGCGCACGCGGAUUGAUUGGCGAAAAGAUGGACAAGCCACCUACCGCCGGGCAAAGCUUUCUGGCUGCCGCUGGUUCUCGUUUCUUGGCUCGACCGGGUGGAUCACAGAAUGAUCUCCUCUCCGCUGUGCGGAAGCGGAAGUCACAGGAGCAACGCGAGGUCGAGAAAUGUCUACCGCCACGU